ACGGAGGUGUAACUUAAGGAUAGGUGAGGAUGACGGGAACAGCAAACGACACCUUGCCGUUGCAAGAUGAUUCCCAAAUGCUGUCGAUUGAUCUUUCCAUCGCUACAGCUUCUCAGAUCCUCUUUGGCAUACUUGGAGUCUUGGGCAAUGCCCUUUGCUUUGCUGUGUUGCGACGUCAGGCAAGGGAUAACAACACCAACUGGCUCAUCGUUACCCAAUCCGCCAUCGACUUCAUCACCUCCCUCAUCCUCAUCAUCAAUACCAUCCAAACAACUUGGUAUCCUUUCUCGCCUCCUCAUAAAGGAUUAGGAGCGGAGUUAUUCUGUCGUGUCUGGAACUCCAGAGUGGCGACCUUCAGCGGGUUUGCAAUCUCCACCUUCAAUUUGACGAUCAUCUCCCUCGAACGUUUCGUCGCCGUCGUGCAUCCGGUCCUCUACAUGACGCGAUUGAAACGUCGAACGAUUUAUCUUAUAGCAGCAGUGGCAUGGCUAACCGCGCCGACACUACAAAUCAUGUUCGCCGUCGUAUUGUUCGAUUACGAUGAAGCAUCGGCCAAAGACUGUAUCAUCGUACAGACAAGCGCGGCUUUCCCGAUUGCUUCAGGUGUUGCCACAUUCCUUGUCGAGUUCUUUAUGCCAGUUGUGAUCAUGGGAUACUCUUUCGCUCGCAUCACGGCCAAGCUACGCACAUUCAAGCGUGUGAGACCCGCGGCAGGCAACAACUCAGAUGGGCCACCUCCAACCUGCCAAAGCACUACAGAUGAAGUCCCUAUGCAAGAGGCUUCAGGAUCUCAAAGACUCACGACAGGAGGUCCGCAGUCAUCUGCGCCUCCUGUGAACAACCAGAACGUCGAUAACCCACGACCGGUAGCGAAGUCCUCGGCCGAAGAAGGACGAGAUCUCCGACGGCGGAACAUCACUAUCACCCUCUUGAUCGUCUUCGUGACGUACUUAGUUUGUUGGACACCUAACCAAGUCACAUUCUUCGUCUAUAACGUCUUCGGGGUUCCUCAGAACUACCUAGGCAGCAGCCUACACCUCUACACCACCAUACUUGCUACUUUCAACAUCUGCGUGAAUCCAUUCGUCUAUGCUUAUCGGUACAAGGCGUUUAAACAGGGUCUUAGUGCCGCCUUGUCAAGAUUCACAUGUAUCCGAGGUCUCUAUGAUUAAUGUAAUUAUGAGUUGUAAACGUUGUUUAGUUAACAGAGGGUCCUGUUGGAAGCUAUAUGCGACCCAAACUGUAAAGUGACUACGACCAUUAUCCAUCGGUGUCAUAAUUGAACUAGUACGUGCUCAUUUCCAUGGCAAAUGAGCUGAUCGUGAUGACGGUGACCCAAUAAGUUGUUCAUUAUGACAAAUAUUAUGUAUAUUGAAUUUGAGGUGACGGAGCUAAAAACAUGAUAAAUGUCCAAUUGUAAAUCUUAGACCCACAAUUAGUCACGUAUUUUGAUAAAUUGAAAAAUUGCAAUUGAUGGGUGGCCUCCUUCGUAAACAGCGCGUAUUUAUUUAAUAUAUUUUAGAUUGAUAAGAAUUUGACAUUUUUCACUCGAUUGCCAAAAAAAGUACUUAGCAACCAUAAUUUAUACACACUUAUACACGGGUCAUUUAACAUGUUUGAUAUUGAUUGCGCAUGUGCGUUUGAUUACUGAUCUAUUUCUAUAUGGAUCCAAUCUAAAUUUAUGAAUAUUAUGAACAACUUAAUAUCCCCAAAAGGCAAAUCAUUACUCAGAGAUAGUUUUGCCACUCGCCAUUUUCAUUGAAAUUUGAUUGAAACAUUUUAAAAUUUGAGCAUCGCCUAUUUUCAGUUACAUGAACAUCCUGGCCUUUCAGUGCUAUUUUUGUUAUUUUCUUUAAUGAUUUAAUAUCAGAUAAUUGAACGCUUGCACCUUUGGUGAUUACAACAAGCUCUUCACCGAUUCCCAAUGCUGGGAGUGCUUCAGCUGCGUGUAUUAUUCUCCAUAGGCAUCACCUCCAAGCGCCCGUUGCAUCAAACUUUUUACCUGAGAAAACUUAGGUUGUUUUUACCGGAGUUUUUGCCCUGUGUUAAAGUCAAUGGCAGAAAUCAGACUAACCUUAGUUUUCAGUUUUUACCAGAGUUUUCUCGGGUAAAAAGUUUUAUGCAACAGGCCCCAGGUAUUCCGGAAGAUGUGUAAAAUAGGAAAAUCUAAGCAAAGUGACUUUCAUUUUGUAGCGAAACCCUUUUUUUUUUUUGGGGGGGGGGGCUUUCAGAUCUCUCUGGACCAAUUUGAUCUCCUUUUUUUGGUGAAAUCUUUUUUUUGGGGGGGGGGUUUGUAAAAUUUCUCGGGACCAAUUUGAUCUCCACUAUUAAGUGAAAACCUGUUUGUUUGUUUUUUGUUUUUGCUUUUCAAAUUUACAUCAGCACCACCAAUCAAAAAAUCGUUCCCAGGGCCCCGCAUCAUCGUCUCCGUUUUAUGCAUUUACUGCCAUUGAUCUCUUUGCAUUCACUGCAGCUUUGUGAAAAUCACCGAAAAUACUACUCGUGAAAAACAUCAGAAAUUUAUCAUUUUAAUAACAAUAAUAACUAAUUUGUAUAGCGCAGACACCAUGUGAAUAGAUUCUACGCUGUAAUUAAGAGGUCCUGAAAUACUUGAAAAAAAAUACAUAGAUAAGGGAAAGGAAAAAUUGUAUGGAAAUUGAUGGAAAAUGUUUUUUUACAACUGAUUCGAAGAACUUCUCAGUUUACUUGAUCACUUGAUUUUUCUCUUUUAUAUUCAAAUCAACGUCUUUGGGGGAGCUAGGACUUGACCUUUCAUCCAAUUUAUUCUCAUGAUAUUUAAUAUGUUUAAUGAUUUAAGGGUACAAUGUGCACCUUCGAUUUCAAGACCAUCAUGACCAAUUUUAAAAAAAUCCAACCGUUUUUUUUUUCAUUAUUGUUUUAAUAUCUGAAUCUCCUGUACACAAUUUUGAUUAAAAAUAAUGUCGUAUUUUGAGUGAGUUCAACGGUUUACCACCUCCUUUUCUCCCCCCCCCCCCCUCUCUCUCUCUCCCUCCUUUCUCUCCUUCAAACUUAUACUCAUUUUCCCAAGCUUUUUUCCCAUUUCUGUCUCCCCUCUUUACCCUUUCUCUAGUCUUCCCUUUCCCAUAUAUACAUCAGUUGUGUAAAUUUAGCCGAAUCCUGGUCGACAAAAAUAAUUCUUUAUUUUGUCGAUGACAUUUUAUUAUUAUACACCAUGGUAUCAAUUCUGUCUGUUUGAGGUACGGUGUCUUAAUUAUGUACGCACCUGUAUCUGCUUACAUCGCUCUCCAUUUUCAUUCGAUCCGAGGCAAACACGAGCUGUCAAUCUAUUCAUCAUUAAUACGCUGAGUGAAAUCUUAUGAUUGAAAGUCAUCCUGAUAAAAAAUCAUUAUUCGCUAGUUUUACCGAUCUUUUUGUUAAAAUGACGUGAAUUCCAAAGACGAAAAUAAUUUCUGUAGCCAAUUGAAAAAUCAUUCGUUAUAAAGAAACAAAUAUUAUCCACAUUUUUUUUCCGAUUUUUGCUAAGAUGACGUGAAUUCCAAGGAUGAAGAAGAGGAGAAUCAAGUAAAUCGACAAAUUAAAGCGUUAUACACUUUGAAAAGCAACAAAAAGCGAUUUACCUUGGAUCGCAAUCACUCGCAGCCAACGAUUGAAAAAUCCAAUAUUUGAUUUUAAAGAAAAAUAGGAACUGUCAUUUCUCCUUUAAUGGCGAAGUAAUUGAUUGAUUCAACGUUACUAUUAUAUUUCAUAAGCUUCAAACGAAGGAGCUAGGUGACCAAUGAAUAUCAUUUCCUUUUAUAAUAUUAAAAGGACGCUCGACUACUUCAUUCGAAGGUUUCCUAUUAUUACACAUAAUGGACAUUAUUGACACGAUAUUAUAGAUAGCAUGCGUCGAAAUUAAUUCUGCUAAAAUACUCCCCACUUUUCAUCUUUAUACUCUUGUUGAAGGUAUUGAAAUCGUAUUCGAAAGAACUCACUCAUUUUCCUUCCUGUUGAUAAAAACCAAUACCUUUUUGUAAAAUAAAAUGAUAUAUAUUUAUUUCUUGAUAUGGCAAAGAGUACAUGUGAGUGAGUGAAAGUGUUUAUAAGGUUUCACGAACUUUUAAAGGAUCACCAGAGUUGAAGUAAUUAUGUGCUGAAAAUAUUGAUGCAUUAUUAUCUGGGCAUUAUAGUGGCUCCAGAGAUAAAUUUCUCCUUCUCUAUAUCAUGUAUAUUAUAUUAGAUGAUAAUUAUUAGAGCGAAAGGGCAACCAACCAUCUAUUUGAAACAUAAUUCGUAGAAAAACAGGGGAGAGCGAAUACUUCAUUUACCCGUAGAGAAGAUUGUAAAUAUUGGAGGUUUUUACGGUAAACACCAUGUAUGUAGUCCUGAAACUGAAAAGGACUAUUUGAUAUUCUUUCUUGAUUGUAUGUUAGCUCUGAAAAGAACUGUUCACGACGUUUCGACCAGCGUGUCUGGUCGUCAUCAGGAAUGAUGAUCCACUUGAAAACUUGGGUUUAUAACCAGGUCGGUUAUAAAGAAGUAAUUAAGGUUUAGCCAAUAGGAAAGCAGGAACGAAGAGGUAAUUACAGAUGAACCAAUAUUCUCUCCACCAUGGAAACCUUCAAAGAUUGUAAAUAUCUAUCAUUUUUACUGUCCACUUAAUGUGUUGGACAACAAGCUUUUGACUUAUGCAUUCAUGUUUUUAUCAUCACUGAUGAAAGAGCGAGAAAGAGAGAGGAGGUAUAACGUACUCGUUCUUCCCUCUUCCUUUAUGCUUUCCAAACAAAUAAAUGAAACCAUAAAAUACCCUUUUAAAGUUAAAAAUAAAUAACAUUAAUGUACUAAAUGGCAGCUUGUCACUUUCAUUUGAGCCUUAUAAGAUUGCCAAAAAUAUCAUUAAGAUGAAGAACAACCCACGCGUAUUAUGGAUUUUUCAAUGUCACAGAUUUGUACAGCGGCAUACACACACACUCACGCACCCUUACAUCCUCCCUCCCAUACUGUUGAAGGUCAAGUCUGCUAUAGAUAGACCUAGCUUAGAGUCAUAUGGAUUUCUUUUUAUGUAAAAUGAUUUUUUCAAAUACCUGAUUCAAAUAAAGCGCUUGUUUGAAAAUGCAUAAAAGGAUUGCAUUUCGUCAAUUAACUGCAUGUGUAAUGUAUAAUGUGGAUUGUUUAUAAAUAAGGAAAAGGCGUUCAUUUGUCAUAAUUAUGCUUAAUUUUCACAAAAUCUGGUGUUUUUUUGUCACCGAUUUAGUAAAAUAAUUCCCCUUCUCACCCACAAUGGUAAUGAACAUGUAUGGUCGUGGGGGAGCUAAACAUUUCGUUUAAUGAACAUACAUAGUUAUUCAUAACACAUUUUAAAAUAAGAUUGCGAUGAUAUAAUUUACUACGUGCCUGCUUUAUCCCAUGAGGUUAAGACCAUGUAAUGUAGGCUGUCUGUAUAUAAUUUGAAAGACUUUAUAUGCACUUUGUGUUAUUCAAUUAAAACGUUUGCCGAAAUAGGAGGGAAAAUACUGUAAAUUGAAUUUAGGGAAAGUCAAUAAUUCGAUCCCAUUGUUUCAUGCAUAAUGCACACGUAGGAUUCUCAAACACGGAGGAAUAUAGACAAAUACUUUUCUUUCCUCAAUAUCGAAUACAAAAAGGUGAAAAGGGAAAGACGGGAUGCAUUUGCCGCAUACUUACGCAUGACACAAAUAUUUAUUUUCAUGCUCCAGCCAGACGAUAUAGGUUCAGUUGGAACAAAGCAAUCUUUUUGUAUUGUUUCACUAUUUUGCAAGGUAUUGUGCGCAUGUUUUGAAGAGACGGAAUUCGACAACUGAAAGAAAUACUUGUACAUGACACAAAUAUUUAUUUUCAUGUUUCAACCAGACAAAAUAAAGCAAUCUUUUUGUAUUGUUUCACUAUUUUGCAAGGUAUUGUGUGCAUGUUUUGAAGAGACGGAAUUAGACAACUGAAAGAAAAACUUAUACAUGACACAAAUAUUUAUUUUCAUGUUUCAGCCAGACGAUAUUUGUUCAGUUGUAAUAAAGCAAUCUUUUUGUAAUGUUUCACUAUUUUGCAAGGUAUUGUGUGAAUGUUUUGAAGAGACGGAAUAAGACAACUGAAAGAAAAACUUGUACAUGACACAAAUAUUUAUUUUCAUGUUUCAGCCAUACAGACGAAAUAAAGCAAUCUUUUUGUAAUGUUUCACUAUUUUGCAAGGUAUUGUGUGCAUGUUUUGAAGAAACAGAAUUAGACAACUGAAAGAAAAACUGGUACAUGACACAAAUAUUUAUUUUCAUGUUUCAGCCAGACGAUAUUUGUUCAGUUGUAAUAAAGCAAUCUUUUUGUAAUGUUUCACUAUUUUGCAAGGUAUUGUGUGAAUGUUUUGAAGAGACGGAAUAAGACAACUGAAAGAAAAACUUGUACAUGACACAAAUAUUUAUUUUCAUGUUUCAGCCAUACAGACGAAAUAAAGCAAUCUUUUUGUAAUGUUUCACUAUUUUGCAAGGUAUUGUGUGCAUGUUUUGAAGAAACAGAAUUAGACAACUGAAAGAAAAACUGGUACAUGACACAAAUAUUUAUUUUCAUGUUUCAGCCAGACGAUAUUUGUUCAGUUGUAAUAAAGCAAUCUUUUUGUAAUGUUUCACUAUUUUGCAAGGUAUUGUGUGAAUGUUUUGAAGAGACGGAAUAAGACAACUGAAAGAAAAACUUGUACAUGACACAAAUUUUUAUUUUCAU